AUGACGCCGACCUCGCCGCCCGGAGGCGGCUCCACCUCGUCCGCACCUCGUCCUCCCGCCCGCAACAAGUCGUCCUCGGCCCUGUCGACCCACACCUUGCGCUCCCUGUCGUCCACCACCUCGGCCGGCAAGCCGCGCCGCAAUAAGUCGUCGUCGUCGCUCGCCGGCGGCGCCCAUCACCACUCGGCCGGCCACCACCCGGUCUCGUUCGCCCACCAUCGCAAGAACAGCCACGGCGCGCACGCCAUGCGCCGCCAGGGCAGCGCAAGCGGCGGCAGCCAGCGCAAACCUCCCGGCGGCGGGCCGUUCGGGCUCGGCAUGACGAGCAUGCCGCCGGCCAGCGAGAGCGGCGAGGGCGGCGAGCACGACGACGAGCAGCAGCAGCGCGACGAGGGCGAGCACCACGGAGGGAAUGGAGACGACGAGUCUACGCGGGAGCACCGCCCCGAUCUCGGCCGGCGUCGCACGAGCUCGAGCAGCACGGCGACCGUCGUCGCGAGCGACCGCGGCGGGCGGUCCUCCGAGCGCGGCCGCUCUCGAUCACGCAGCCGCAUGCGCGAGGACGACGGCGAGCGGCCGCAGCAGCAGGCGCGCGCUCCCUCGCCGCCGCCACCGCCCUCGCCCGUACCGCCGCCGGCGAGCGACCGUCCGCGCACCGGCGGGGCCGCGUCGCACGACGACAAGGGCGGCGUGUCGGGCAGCGUCACGUCGUCGAGCGAGUGGGAGAGCUCGACCGACUCGCCGGCGCCCAUCGGCAAGAGGCUGCCCGACGUCGAGGUCCGGCGCGACUUCCAGCCCGAGGACCAGUCGGCGCUCGGCCAGGCGCUCGACGAGCGAGGCGACGAGGCGUCCGAGCGGCAGCAGGCUCCAGUCGACGAGCCCGCUCAGCAGAAGCCGCCCGGCCGCGCCAACGGCAAGAAGGCCAAGUUCUCGCUCGGCGUGUCGGACGACCUCGACGACCCGGAGGAGAUCGAUCGCCAAGCGGCGGCGCAACUCAACGACGACCACGUCGAGCCCGCACCUGACGGCGCAGAGCCCGCCGCUGCGUCGUCGCCGACGGCCACGGCGGCUGUCCCGGCCAUGCCGGCCAUCCUGCGCGACGUCGAGCUCACCGUGCCGAUGCCGGUUCCGCCCAAGCCCGAGCCCGACGGCGAGCAAGAAGCAGCCGGUCUCGCUGCCCCUGCACCCGUCUCGGCCCCUCAACAUCUGUCGCCGCCCGACACGUCGCCCGUCGGCGCCGCCUCCGCCGGCGAGCCCUCCCUCGCCUCGGCCGCCCAACCCGAGCUCGCCUUCCCCAACAAGCCGCCCUCGAACCCUCCCUCGAACCCCAACUCGCAGCCGCCGUCGCGCAAGGCGUCCGGCACCCAGCUCUUCCGCCCGGGCGAGACGCUCAAGCCCAACUCGCCGCCUCGGCCGCCCUCGCCCAUCCGCCCUACGGCGCAGCGCACUCGCCCGCUCCGCAAGUCGUCCAACGCGUCGAUCAUGUCGGGCGCGUCGACGCGCUCGCACGUGCCGCGCCCGGCGCCGCAGUUUCGCCGUUCGGCGAGUGGCGCGCCCGCCUUUGUCGACCGCGGCACGGCCAUCCGCGCCGAGCUCGCGAGCCCGGGCCCGGACAGCGGCAGCGGCAGCGAGUCGCAGCGGCGCGAGGUCGUCGGCGAGCGAGGGCCGGCUCGCGCGCAGCACCAUCGCGGCGAGAGCGUCAGCAGCAUGCGGUCGCUGCGGCAGGCCGCCGACGCGACGGCCGCGCAGCCUCGGCGGUCGCAGACGCUCGGCCCCGCCGACGCACAGCGGGUCCGAGUGAGCGAGCCGCAGGGGACGGCGCUCGCCAAGCUCGGCACUAUCGCCGCCGCGCACGCGAGCCGCUCGACGACGCCCUUGUCGACGUCGGCCGGCGCGAGCGGGUACGAGGGCGCGCUCACGCACGCCAAGCGGUCGGCGAGCGGCUACUUCAGCGCGCUGCGAGGAUUCACGGGCCUGCCUGCGGGCGCGUCGACCCCGCCGCUCUCGCCGUCGGCCGGUACCGCCGGGCAGCGCGCCAUCCCUGGCGCGUCGUCGCAGCUCUCGUCGUCGUACGGCCGCAGCUCACGUCCACGGUCGUCGCCGUCGCCGCGCCAACCUGCGCUCGUCGUCAAGUUCGUCGAGCCGGCACCGCCUGCGCCUCCUCCCCUACCUCCUUCCGACACGCCCGCUCGCUCGACCUCGCCCACCCAGCACCAGCGCCCGCUCUCGGCCCAGCACCGCACGGCGUCGAGCGCAUCCCUCGGCCCCAUGUCGCGCACGCAGCAGAAGGCGCUCCUCGCUCGCGACGCGCCGCAGGCCGCCACGCACUCGUCCGCCCUCGCGCCUCCUGCCCAAGGUCCCGGCGUCCCCUCGGGCCUCACGCCGGCGCAGCAGCAGUUUCUCCUCCUCCAGCAGCAGCGCGCUGCCGCCACGGCGGCGUCUGCGUCGUCCGCCUCGCCCUCGCCCGCACCUCAAGCCGCCGGCGCCGCCGCGGUCGCCAACGGCAUGCAGAAGUGGGCGUUCGGGCUCGUCCGAGAAGCCGAGCGCAUCGAGCGACAGUACCGCGCCGUCGAGAAGUGGCGUGACCCGCUCGGCGAGAGCCUCGAGCGCGUCUUGGUCGUGCGGCAGCGCGCGAGGAGGAGAAGGGAGGACGACCGGGAGAAGGUCAAGGCGGCGAUCGCGGCGCAGCAGGCGCAGCAGCAGCAGCAGCUCGCGAGCGCUCAGGGUGCGGGUGCGGCGGCUAAGGCGGGCGCGGGCAGCGGGACGGCGACGCCGAACCAGGUCGCGCAGGUCCGAGGGCAGGUGCAGCGGUCGGGCGCCUCCUCGCCCGCAGCGCCGCCGCCUUCGUCCAAGGGCAAGCAACGAGUCUCGGCACCUGCGUAGACUCUCGAGUCGCCCUCGCAAUGCAGGCACUCUUGUUCACGUU